CAGUCAAUAAUUUGUAGUCGGAGUUUUUUUGACUCCAAUCCACUUCAUAUUUUUACACUACGUAUAUUUGACGAGACUCGAAGGGGUUCAUCAUAUUGAACCGACCAGUCCUUUUGCUGUCACUUCUUUAAAGUUCCAAAUGGUGGGCGUCUAAUAUAACAAAACCAUGCAACGAACUCCACAAAGUAUGGUGGAGUCCCUUAACGACGAGUGGGCAGAACUGAACGUCGAUUACAGAAAUCUCCUGAACGAUGCCAAGAAACACAUACAACGUCUUGAGGAUGUGGCCGAAGCAGAGAAGCAGUACAGGGAACGUAUGUCACACCACAGAUUCCGGCUGACCGCCAUGUCCAAAUACCUGGAUGAAGUGUUGAAAAUAAUAGAGGAAACGGACGAACUCAAAGACUUACGUGCCAAUAUAGAAAAAAGGCGACAACAACUGAUCGACAUCGAGCUAACGUUGCCCAGGAAGAAUUGCUGCUACUUAAGAGCGAUGCUUGGCAAUGUGAGCGUCUUCUGUCUAAACAAAGAAAGGCAAUUCAGAUUCAAACAGGAGUACGAACAGUUCAAACUCAUCGCAAACAUUGUUGGGUUUGUCGUUUCGUUAGGUAACUACUUCGUCAUCUGCAGACCGUUGGAAACUCUCUUCAUCAUUGUUUUGUUGUGGUACUUCCUUUCCUUAACCAUUCGCGAAAGUAUCCUGAAGGUAAACGGAUCAAAGAUUAAAUUGUGGUGGCAGCUACAUCACUUUUUUGCCAUCUCUGCUUGUUGCGUCUUGCUCAUGUGGCCCCGGUCCAAAACCUGGAGCCUCUUUCGAGAUCAUUUGAUGCUUUUUGGUUCGUAUAUGAGUCUGACUCAAUACAUGACCUACCAGGCCCAAAGAGGAGCACUUUACAGACUCCGGAUUUUAGGUAAAUGUAAUUACUUGACGGUCACCGUUGAGGGCUUCCAGAGUUGGAUGUGGCAAGGACUCACUUUCCUGUUGCCGUUCCUCUUUCUCGGCUACGUGUUUCAGUUGUACAUCACUUAUAAUUUGUACAUGAUCUACAAGGAUCGCAAGAACACCUGCACUUGGCAUGUACCGGUCUUGGGUAUAAUAUUUUUGAUCAUGAGCUUGGGUAAUACUUAUACCACCAGCAAAGUUGUACUGUGUAAAUUGUACAAGGAAUUUUUCAUCGAGGAAAUUGUUGUGGAAAUUGAUCGUAUAAAGAAAGACUAAAUGACUUUUUUGCAUACCAAACAGAUGUUGCUCUACAAUAUAUAGUUUUGGAUUUUGUUGUAAAUAUAUUUCAGGAAGAAGCGCUUUACUACCGAAGUGGACUACAACAUUAAGAUUUUAUUAUAUUUUAAACUUAAAAUUAUUAGUAAAUAAACCAUUUUUACAACUUUUA